CUACCGGAAAACACUGUCGAGUACAUGCUUUUUGUGAUAGACAGCCAGCAAGCCGAAGCUCGUAAAAAACGCCCUCGCCUUGAAACUAUCCGAAAAGCUGUGGUAGAACUCGUUCAGUCCCUCACCAAGGAUUACAUUUGGCAACGCAAGGGCUUUGAGAUCUCGUUCAAGAGCGAAAAUGGACUACUAUUUCUGCAUGGCAAUACUGAUUAUGGAGAUGCCAUAGAAGAUGAGUGGCUUAUCGUCUAUAUGCUUUGUGAAUUAUCCAAAGCCCAUUCGGAUCUUUGGGUGAGAGUCGGAGACUCUGAUGGAGAGUUUCUCUUGGUAGAAGCCGCCAAUGUCCUUCCCAGGUGGCUAAGUCCGGAGAUUGACCAUUACCGUGUAUGGAUUCACCUCGGAAAGAUUUUUCUCAUUCCGCUCAACUCCAAGACCAAGGAUGAGCCCUCUAUGCGUUCCCAAGAGGAAGAACAGCUGUCGCUCCUGCAAGCCGUAACCUUUCUACGGUCAAAUACAGACGCACUUGUUCAUAUUCCUGCGAUCGACUCUGAAGCGUUUCAUCGACUAAAGAAAUACCCUGAGCAAAUAUCCAACUCUAUCCACCAUUCUCUUGUCACAAUUCCUCGAGCAGUAGCCUCCAUUGUACAUGCUCUGCCAAAAUCUAUAGCUCCUGCUGUCGAGAGCUUUUAUCUGAGAGACGCCAACUCCUUAAAGCCUAUUUUAUCGUCAUCAACACCCCUAGAAUUCCUCCCAGAAGACUUUGUCACAGUCAGCGUGAGAUUUAGCAAAACUCUCUACGCUCAACUCAAAUCUCAAAGAUUCGAUACACCGCCGAGAUGGGAAUCCGUAUUCAAAAGUACUAAAAACGAGAAUCUAUCAUCAAAUGAAGAGCUGAAAAGGGUUGAGCGCUUAGAGACUGGCAUGAAACUCACGUGUGGUUUUGAGAUGCUCGCCAAGGAUGCAGAAAAUAGCAAGAGCAGAGUUGUCCGUGAGAUGGCCAUAAUGCUAGAAGACCUGCAAGAAGAUAGAAGCUCAGUCUUACCAUCUGAUGACGACAUCAAGCUGUGGGAUCGAGUUGAUCAGGACGACGAUGAUUCAUGGCUUGAUAUUAAUUACGAGGAUUUCGAGCGCGAACUCGAGGGCAAACAAGCUCAAGCAUCUUCAAAGGGGGCAUCUGGCUUCGGCGAGUCACAGACUCAACAAGAUUUGCGAAAGAUUGUCUCGCGUUUUGAAGCUUUCCUCAAUGACGAUAGUGCAGGAUUGGAUGGUGCUGAGCUAGACAGGAUGGACGUUGACAACGACGAUGAGGAAGAGGAGGAAGAUGAUCAGGACGAAGAGGUGAACUUUGACGAGGAGGCCUUUGCUAGAAUGAUGAGGGAGAUGAUGGGAUUUACAACGACAGCCACUAGGAAAGAAGUGCAGGGAAGUAAAACCAAGGCUGCAGAAGAUCACUCUGACAGCGAAAACGACAGUGAAGCGGAAGAAGAUAGAGAUAUUCAGGAUCUCGCCUCUCGCAUGGAGGCUGAACUCAAGGAGUACGGCACCCUUCAGCUCGAUCCACCAACCGCUGGGCGUGCCAUUAAGUCAAAAGAAGGCUCAGAGAAGAAGGGCAAGGAGAAAGAACAGCCACUGCAAGGACAAAACGCCCAAUCAGCCAAUGACUCUGAUAAUGACGACGACGACGAGGUCGAUAUUGACUACAACCUGGCCAAAAACCUGCUCGAGAGUUUCAAGAGCCAGGGUGGUAUGGCUGGUCCCGCGGGAAAUCUGAUGGGGCUGAUGGGUUUCCAGCUGCCGCGUGAUGAGGAUAGUGGAAGCGAAGGG